UCCAUUUUUUCUCUAUUUAUAUAAUUCCCCACUUCCCCAACACUAUCAUAACCCUUGUCUCCCUCUUCUUCCUUUAGCUCUUUCUCUCUCAACUGUUAGAAACACAACACGCGUAAUCUUUCUCUAUCUCUCUAGCCAUUUGCAGAAAUACAAGCUAUCAAUUCCUUAUUCCUUUCAUAACUUUUCAAAUAAUCCAGAUCUUUUCAUUCAAUUCUCUCUCUACAUGAUUUUCAACAUGCCCCAUGAACAACUCACCUCACUUCCAAGAACAAGCAGUUGCAGCAGUACCAAGAGAUUAAUUAUCCCCUCAACCUAUAAUAGUAAUAAUAAUCAUAGAUCAGUUCCACUCCUCCCGGAAUCCGAUCGCCGGAAUCACCCUUCCUCCUCAUCUCCGGCCACCUUUCGCCGCCUCUUCUCAUCAUCAUCCGUAAUAUUUUCAAUCUUCAAAUCAAUAGUGAAUCUUGUGGUCCCUACCACGUGUCGUUGGCUUACAAUACCGACCGUAACACCAACAAUCUCCCUCGGUCGAAAAGUAACCGGAACCCUCUUCGGUAACCGCCGCGGCCAUGUCAGCUUUGCAGUGCAACUCGACCCGAGAUCCGAACCCGUAUUCGUCAUAGAACUAGCCAUCACCACUUCGGGUCUUGUCAAGGAAAUGUCGUCGGGGUUGGUUCGAAUUGCGUUGGAAUCUGAGAAGGGUCGAAAUUAUUCGUCUGGUAAUGGGUCGACCCGACCCGGGAAAUUGUUUGGAGAACCCGUUUGGACGAUGUAUUGUAACGGGAAGAAAUGCGGGUAUGCGACGACGAGAAUGUUUACUGAGUCGGAUUGGCAUGUGUUGAGUAUGGUGAAGAGCGUUUCGGUUGGGGCAGGAGUUAUUCCGGUUGUCGACGAUGGGAGGAAGGGAAACGGGUCGGCCUCCGAAGGGGAAUUGCUUUAUAUGCGGGCUAAGUUUGAACGGGUCGUGGGUAGUAGGGAUUCAGAGGCUUUUUAUAUGCUUAACCCGGAUGGAAAUGGUGGACCCGAACUAAGCAUCUUUCUUCUUAGAAUAUGAUAUAUUUUAGUUAUAUAUAAGAUUAAACAAAAUUAUACAUCAAUAUACUUGUAUUUUAAACAAAUUUCCAAUUUGUAUUAUCAGUUCAUCACAUUUUAGGGUUAGUUUUAUUCGACCAAUUGCAUGGCAAUCUAAUGAUUUUCGAUUGCAAUGUAAUAAUAUUAUUUUAGCGAGGCUUGUAUGUCUUUGUGUACUAUAAUCCGUUUAAUGACAUCUUUCUUUGUAAAAUAAGGUCAUGUUAAGUA